AUGGGUGAUCAAAAAGCAUCACCUGUCAAAAAGAGUGCCUACGUUCCAGAAACAAAAACUUUUUAUCUUCAUCUUUACAAAAGAAAGCUUUCACCAGAUGGAUUUGAACGAGUUGUUUGGACCGUGAAUGGAACAUAUCCUGGACCAACACUUGUUGUAACAAAAGGAGAUAGACUUGUAGUCCACGUUAUCAAUAAUUUAGGAGAACCAACAUCGAUUCAUUUUCAUGGAUUUUUUCAAAGGGGAACUAAUUGGUAUGAUGGAGUUCCUGGACAAACACAAUGUCCAAUACCUAACAAUACAAAAUUUAUCUACAAUUUUACCGUUCCUGAUCAAAGUGGCACUUUUUGGUAUCAUAGUCACCAUCUGGCACAGUACGUUGAUGGCGUUCUAGGUGCCAUUAUCGUAAAAGACCCAGAUGAUCCAUAUCAAAAUGAUUAUGAUGAAGAAGUAAUAAUUCUUCUAUCAGAUUGGUAUCAUAAUGAAUCAUCUAUUUUAUUAAGUUAUUAUUUAUCUCCAGCAAGUGUGGGAACUGAACCAAUACCUAAUAAUGGAUUAAUUAAUGGAAGGAAUAACUAUAAUUGUAAAUGGGCACCUGCAUCCUAUAAAUGCGUUGAUAAUGCUGGUCUUUCAAAGUUUAAUUUUAUUCCUGGAAAGAGAUAUCGUUUGAGAGUCAUAAAUACUAGCGCAUUUUCAAGUUUUACAUUUUCAAUUGAUGAACAUGAAAUGGAUGUAAUAGAAGUGGAAGGAAUGAUGACAAAAAGACACACAAUACAUCGCCUUAUUAUUAACGUGGCACAACGUUAUUCAGUAAUUGUAACUGCUGAUAAACCAAUUUCCAAUUUUUGGAUGAGAGCAGAUUUACAAAUUAAAUGUUAUUUUGAUUCAUCAGUUGAGAUUGUAAAUCUCAAUCCUUAUGUAAAAGCCAUAGUUCAUUACAAAGGGGCUAAUCAUUUGGAUCCUACAACAAAAGGAUGGGCAGAUAAUUUUAAUCGCCUUAAUAAUUGCAUCGAUUUGAACACAUCAAACCUUAAGCCACUUUUCCUAGAUAAUGUUCCAGCAAAAGCUGAUCAGACCAUAUACCUUAAUGCUUCCUUCGAAGCGGAUGCAACUCAUGUUAAAAGAGGAUUAAUUAAUGGUACCUCAUACGUAGUUGAUGUAAACAAUCCAACCAUAAACCAAGUCCUGUUUAGAAAUCAAACCUCAUUUCAACCAAAUCAAAAUGUUAUUGGUCAAUUUAAUACUUCCCAAGUUAUUGAUAUUGUGGUACAUAAUACUGACAAUGGUGAACAUCCAUUUCACUUCCAUGGUCACACGUUCUGGAUACUUGGUUCGGGCCCAGUUGAUACUAAGCCAGAUUUUUCGAAAUUAAAUAUCUACGAUCCAAUUAAACGCGAUACUGCAACUAUUCCUCCUGAAGGAUGGAUUGUGAUUAGAUUCGAGGCAAAUAAUCCCGGAAUAUGGGCUUUCCAUUGUCACAUUGAGUGGCAUGUCGAAGCAGGAUUGGUUGCUCAAUUUAUUGAACUACCUCAAGAACUCAGGAAGUUAAAACCACCAGCUGAUUGGGAACGAUUAUGCAUUAAAUCACCUAAUCCUUAUAAUGACUUAAUACUUCAGCCUGAACAAAGAACUUUUAUUGAUAAUAUGCGAAAUGUAAGUGAAAAAGCUUCGACUUCUUUUGUCACAAAUAUAAUGCGAAAGAGCGACCGAUAUUCAUUUUUAUAUAUUCUUCUAACCAGAAAAAGAAUCAUGUCUUCUCGAACUCCAUCACCUAACUUGAUCGAUUUUGGAAGUGUAGCUGAAAAUGAUAUUUCAGAAAAGUUUUUUAUAAGUAGUCAAGAUUCUUCAGACGAGGAAAGUUCACGUGAUCUGGAAUUACCUUACGAUCCGUGUUUAGUUGAACAAGACGAAUCAAAUAAAGAAUUAGAUCUCGAAAAACCAAUUGCUAAAAAAGACUUGAAUCACUAUAUGGAAAGCGUUCGCCCUUUAUUUAAAUAUUUCGACGAUCUUUCAUUGUUGGAUCAAUAUUAUUCCUCUGAAUCAAGUAUAAAUUUUAAUUCUGCUGAAGAAUCUGACGAACAAAGUUUAGAAAGUAUUAUAGGUGAUGAUUCAUUUGAGGUAUUCAGCAUGUUUCUGUCAAAUUAUAUGGAUGAUAUUGAAAAUAUCGAGGAAGAAACUUGUCCAUCUGCGAUUGAUUCGGAUGAAUCGCUCGGAAUCGAUGCUAUUUUAAUUGAUCGUACUUCGGAUAAUUCGGAAAUUGAGGCAGAAGGUUCUAGUAGUGCUCAUUCUGUGCGUUCUAAAUCACGAAUGGAUCUGGUUUUGCACAAAUGUAGAACAAAUAUGACGACAAUUAUAGAUACUUCUUAUUUAGAAUUUGAUACUCGAUUAGAAGAAUCUUAUGGUGAUUUACGUAUUGAAAUAAAACGACGGGCUCAAAAUUUAUUCAAAAGAUCAAUUCAAGAACAAUCAAAACAAAUUUAUACAAAAAUUCUUUCUGAAAUGGGAAAUUUAAUGAGUGAAUUGGCUCAAAAUGUUGAUACCGUAUUAUCAUUAUCACAUUGGGAAGAAUCUGUUAAUGAAAAAAUUAGAUCAAAUAUAACUAAAGCUAUUAGUGAAUUAGAAAAAUCUCAAGAAAAACGUAGUCUUAUCUUAUUUUCCAACUUUUUGACUGACGUUGAUACGGUGAUUGAAAAUAAAAUAAGUAGAUGUGUUAAUGAAUUAAUUCAAGUUAAAGCACAAGAAAAAAUUCGUAGUAUAGAAAUGGCUUUAAUUGAUCAUAAAUCAAAAAUUGAUAAGAAAAUUUCAAACGUUGAAAAUUUAUUUCACACCAUACAAGAAAAAUCCAAAGAAAAUUCUGAUAAUGGAUUUUCUGAAGAAGGAAUGGAAUUAUUAGUAAUCGAUCAAUUUGCUGAUACUGUUGAUAAUAGGAUUAAAAUUUCUAAAGAAUGGGUAAAACGUGUUUCAAAUAAUAUUCAAAUUCUUGAAGAUGAAAUUACAAUUUUAAAGCAAGAUUUAGAUCGAAUGGAUUAUGUAGUAAGAGAAGAAACUUUUGAAAAUAAAUUUAAAGGACUUGAAGAAAAAAUUGUUUCUAUUCGUGAUAUGGCUCAACAACUUGAGAAUAAAUAUUAUCAACUACGAGAAGAAUUGAAAAAAAUUUUUUUUGAUAUCAAAGAAGGAACAAAAAAUAUUCAUGAUCGACUUGCAGCAUUAGAGAGUGUUGAUGAGUUAAUAGAAGCUCGGUUGAAAAAAGAUCUUCAAACAAGUGAAAAAACAAUUAUGAAAAGGUUAAAAGACGAUCAUAAUGAAAAGAUGGCACAAACGAUCGCUAUAGUAAAGGAUGAAGCUUUAAAAGUCUUUAAGAGAAUAGAAGCUUUAGAGGCUGUCGAUGAAUAUUUGAGGCAAGAGUUUAAGUCCAAAGAAGAAGAAAUCAUGAGACGAAUAGAAAACGAAAAGGCAAUUGCUAUUCAAAUCAUUCAGGAAAGGAUUCGAGAAGCAAUUAAUUUAUAUACUAUAGAAUACGAUGAAAAGUUGAAACAACGGACUUAUGAAUUACUUCAAAAUUAUGAAGAGAGGCUUAAUAAACUUGCCAAUACUUCAAUUGUAAUUAAAGAAUCGAUCAUUCACGAUUUGAAACUUAUGGCUGCUCAUCACGAAUCUGUGGCCUCGAAACUUCAAGAAAAUAAAUCAAUAUUGGAAACUAGGAUAAAUGAUUUGAAAUCUGAGAGGACCAAGUUGGAAAACAAAAUAAAAGAAGUCGAAAAUAAAUUUCAUGAAAGUGAUAGAAAACAGCAAAUCAAGAUUUUAGCUAGUGAUGAGGAAAUAAACCGUAUCAAUAAAGAAUCCGAUGAAUUUAAACAGAAAAUACGAAUAGUCGAGGCCGAUAAAAUUUGGUAUAAAAUAGGAUUUACAACUCUUGCAGCCUUAUUUAUAAUACUUUCAGUCAUCUUAUUUUUCUUGUGA